CUUGACGUUCUUGAUCACUGCAAACCCUCAUUCCACUUCCACCUUCUUUCCAUUGUUCUCCUUCGGAACUGUCGAGUGCCUCAGACGUUGAUCAUCGUUCUAUCAAACUCAAGCAGAAAAGGAAUCGUCAAAGGAUGCGAAUUUUGUUCGUGAGCGGUUUUUCUUCAAGUACUCGCGCUCGCGAGCUUGCCCUCGAGUUUGAAAGGUUUGGGCCUCUAAUUCGCUGUGAUGUUCCUGCUCCUCGCCAUUCGCACUCAAGGACCGUUCCCUAUGCGUUUGUGGAAUUCAGAGAAGGACGCGACGCUGAAAAUGCAUAUCAUGAAAUGCAUGACAGGAAUUUUGAAGGUCACCGAUUGAGUGUCCAGUGGGCAAGAAAGCCUCCAUCUGCCGCUUGGCGUGUGUCGGAUGGGUCCGCACCACCCUCUCGUUCAGACCGUGACUCUCGCGCUCGUUCUCGCAGCCCUCGUAGACGAAGCCCUGAACGUAGACGAGAUAGAGAUGCAGAGCCUCGCGAUAGGCGCAGACAUAGUUCAAGAGGGAGAAACAGAGACGAAGCAAGGACUCCGCCACCGCCACUAUAUGCGACUCCGAUGGCUGCUGUGGAUGAUUACCAAAGUGAUCGCAGGGAUUCUGGGAAUGAUAGAGAGUAUAAAAAUGCCAGAGAUAGUGACCAAGACUACAAGGGAAGCAGUAGGGAUCACAAAGAUAGUAGCAGGGACCGCAGAAACAGUAGUAGGGACCGCGCGGAUAGGAGCAGGGACUAUGAUGAUGAUAGGGAGGUCUAUCGUCGUGAAGAUGCGGGAGCGCCUUUGGAUAGUUGAGUUUGUCCUAUAGUCAUAACCUGCUCCGUUGUCAAAUUCGAAAGUGAUCCGAACUGCUGCAUUAUCGUCUCGAUUCGGAUACUUAGUACAUCAAUAUCAUACUUUCUGUAGUACUUUACAUGAAAAUUGUUUAAAUAAAUAACGUCUAUAGUGAA